GUCAUCAAGCGUUUGCAUAUGAAUGCAAUGCGCAUUGGACUGCCCAGUGCAGAGACACUGCAAGGUGGAUCCUUGAAAGCUUUGGUUGUGACGGUGCUCCUGAGUGCGUUUAUGUUCCAGCUGCUGAGGACUGUUGGACUGAGGGCGUUUUCCAUGGCAUCUGAGACGUACACGUCUGGCACACACUCUGCGGCCUUCGUCACUUGUCCUAAUGACACAGUGGCUAAAGACCUGGCGAGAGGCAUUGUGGAAAGGAAGCUAGCUGCGUGCGUCAACAUUGUCCCAGCGAUCCAAUCUGUAUAUGAAUGGCAGGGUAAGAUUGAAGAGGACAACGAGGUUCUGCUGAUGAUUAAAACCAGAAGCUCCAAAGUGCCGGCUCUUGCUGAAUAUGUCCGCUCUAACCAUCCUUAUGAAGUGGCCGAGGUCAUCAGCCUGCCUAUUGACCAGGGCAACCCGCCCUACCUCAAGUGGAUAGGAGACGUUGUCCCUGAGUAAGGAUGGACUGGUGGACGAGUGGAUCAACUGAUUGCUGGAUGGAUGUAAAAACUGAUCUGAGAACAUGUGAAAUUACCCUUACUAUUUCCCUCAAAGACACAUCCACUGCUUAGACACACUCAAGACACUAUACAAAUCUGUAAUGCUAUGACCAGCUGCAUAAAACCAAGACAUACGAGACAAAGUGGCCAUAAAGUUACACACUGGGUGUUAUGAAAUGAUUAGAAUUGUUCCUUUUUUGUUUGUUCCAGCCAUCAUUUAACACUUGUUUACCACUAGAGGGCAGCCUUGGUCUUUAAUUUUCAAAGUUAAGCAGGUGCAGAAUAAACUGUGCUACAGUUGUGUCUUGUUGGAAGCUGCCACUAACAGACAUCAGUUAUAUUAGUGGUUGUUUUGUAAAAGAAGCAUUUUUGCAAUAAAGUGGAGCAUUUUUUUUUUA